AUGAAGUGGUUUAAUUUGUUCCUGCUGCUCAGUGUUUUGGCCCUUGUGGGUGGCAUUGGAUCCAUGGCAGCCGCCGAGCCGCUUCCUCAGCCGGGACCAGAGCCAAAGGGUCGUCCGAACACCACUCGUCGUCCCAGGACCGAUAACAUUGAAGAUCGACGCUAGCAAACCCAGCAGGAUGCUCCUGUCAGCUGCACCCAACAGGAGCAGACUCGCGAUGCACGCACAAAUGUUAUCAAGGUGAAGGUGAAGUGCUUUGGAUUGGAGAAAAUGCAAUUUGUUGAAGUUUUACUUGUGUAAUAUUUGAAAUAAACGCACUUGAACAUUA